AAAAAAAAUCAACAGCCUGUUUCUUCUCAUCGACCUGUGUGUGUGUUCCAUAUAAUUGUGAAAAAAUUAUCGCUCAUUUCCUAAUAACAUUCAUUCCUUGUUUUCAAUAUUUCCCAUCUGUCCAUUACACUUGAAUGCAUUUCACUACUUGUUCUUUAAUUAAAUUAACCGGAAGAAAAGGAUGAUUUAUACCGGCGAGCAACGACGAGUCGAUCCGGACACUCUCGGGAAUUGAAUUCGGUUAAACUUUACCGUUUUGAUGAUAUAAAAUUUUUUUCUUUCACCAAUUAGUAAUUAUCGAUUUUUUUUCAUCAGUAUUUGUUUGGCUGAACCGUUUCGUCCAUUUCAUUUGUUUUUUUCCGUGUAUUUUUGUUCCAAAUGAUUGGUCAAGUGAACAAUAUUUAUAUUUUUCUCCUUUGUGUACACUAUCGAUAAACUUGAUCAAUUUACCAGGAUGAAUUUCAAUCUAAUUUUCUGACAUUUCAGCCACAACAACAAUAACAACAGUCUUCAAAUCCGAUUUUUUCAAAUACAAAUUAUCCGUAACGGUCAUCAUCGUUAACAUGAUGUUCAUAUCGGAUUGCAUUCCAUCAAUGACCAAAAGGAUUGAAUCAAUACAAUCUUUUGUGUUUGGCAUCGUUCCAUUGUUGAUUGUUCACUCAUUUCUGUUGGGUUGUUCUGCCUUGAAAUUAAUUUCGGUCAAUGUACCUACGAUGGUAGUAAUGGGUCAACCAGUAUGGCUUAAUUGUAGCUAUGACCUUGAAAAUGAAGAAUUAUAUUCAAUCAAAUGGUAUCAUUGGAAUGCCGAUUCUGAAGCUAAAGGAGAAUUUUAUCGUUGGAUACCGAAAGAUUCACCACCCGGACAAAUGUUUCAAAUGGAAGGAAUCUAUUUGGAUCUUCAACGAUCAUCGUUUGGAAAUGUCUAUCUGACCAAGACUGAUGUCUAUACAGAUGGAUCAUUUCGUUGUGAGGUGAGCGCCGAAGCACCCAGUUUUCAAACCGUUCGUAAAGAAAAAGAAUUACAUAUUUACAGUCUGCCCAAAGAGAAGCCAAUUAUCCAUACCAUUGGUAACAACGAUACCAGCUAUUAUAGACCAGGAGAUUUAAUCAAUUUGACUUGUCGAACCAUGCCAUCCAGGCCACCCGCAACAUUAACAUGGCAUAUCAAUCAGGAGAUUGCCGAUUCUCGUUAUGUUAAAUCAUUGUCAGUUCUGUCAUCAUCAUCCGAUGGUCUAAUCGGUUCAGCAUCGCAAUUAUUUUUCUAUUCUGAAAGCAGCCAUUAUCAUGGUGGUCUAUUAAAAAUAACCUGUUUAAGUGAUAUUAUUCUACAAUAUACGGUGGCCAGUGAAGAGGUUAUGAUCGGCGGUGCCAAUGAUCCAUCAUCAUCAUCGUCGUCGGAUUUAUUCAACAGAUAUAGAAAUUCAGCUCAUCAAAUGAUAACCGAUUCUAUGAGCAAAGAUAUUCCCAUUAUAACCGGAAUAUCACAUCAACGAUAUUAUAAGCCUGGUGAUAUUGUCAAUUUGACAUGCAUUUCACGUGCAAAACCUGCUCCAAAGCUCAGCUUUAUGGUCAAUGAUGAAGAGGCCAAUCCAGCUCAAAUUCGCGAAUAUCCAAUAUUUCCAUUAAGUGAUGGAUCAUUUGCCUCUAAACUAGGCCUAAAAUUUAAGGUGAAAAUGGAAAACUCGGUUUCAUCAUCAUCAUCAUUAUCGCAUAGUGGCAAACAUUACCACCAUCAAUUGUCAAAUCGUUUGUCCAGCAACAGUAAAAAUGAUCGUACAUCAUCGAACAUUAAACAAUAUCGUAUCAAAUGUUUAGCAUCAAUGGAGAAAAACAUUUACCAUGUUAAGAAUGAACUUCUUCUUGGCACAUCGAAACAAAGUUCGGGUCUGCAUUUUUCCGAAAACUUUGCUGUUAAUAUCAAUGGUAAUCAUAAUAAUCAUUUGAUCAUUCAUUCUUUUCAUUCAAAAAAUUCCACUUCUCACUACACUCAUUCAGCAUUUCAAAUGUCCGACAAGAACAAAAAAUUGUCUAAUUUCUUGUUUCAUCAUUGUUCCUUUGAACAUGUAUAUAAUGUGCAUUAUGUUUGUAAUAUAGAAUCAUUUCCAUUGAUGAUGAACUUAAAAUCCUUGUACGAUUUUGACUCAUUGCUCGUGUGAUUUACUUUUUCAGAUUACACAUUUUUUGUUCGAUUUUUGUGCAGAAGUUUUUUUAAGUUGCAUUUUAUUUUCGAUGAUCAGACACGGGGUACACUAACUAAUAAUGAUGAUAGCUUAUAUUUAGAGAGAAAGGAAAAAAGAGAACAUAUUCGUGCAAUGAGACAUUCUCCGAUUGUCCAGUCGGUAUCAUCAUCAUCCUUAAUCGUUAAUAGGGCUUCUUCAUCAUCAUCAUCAUCAUUGUUGGUCAUUUGAGCGAAUCACAUUUAUAGAGAAUCAAAGAAAAAUGAAAAAAAAAAACAAAAAUUAUUUACUAACUAACCAAACAAAUAAUUCAUUGAAGCAGACGAAAAAAAUGAACUCAAUCCAUUUUCUUCCCCCCGUCAUCAGAAUCUCACUAUGUCAUCAACGAUAAUAAUAGCGAAUCACAACAUAUAUCGUAAACUGAUCGACAUUUACAAAAUAUAACAAG